GCUGAACACCUGGAGAUAUAUAUAGGAUGAUAUGCAUGUCCUGUGUGGACUAGGAUCGAGCGUGAUCUUACCGCAUAUGCAACAUGGUUGUUGAGCAGCGAUACGCUUUGACACAGCCUAGUCAUGGCGGUGACUCUGGGAAUCUUCUGCCUUCAUUGGUCAGUGAAGUAACACAUGUGUGUCUGUUCCAGGUUAGAGCAUCUCCGACUAUUAGUACAACAAGCUGCGUCGAAGCGGGACAUGCCAUCCGGUGUCAUCUGCUGCUUUCGUGACAUAAGGUGCAGAAACGCUAUAUUGCAAAAUUUCCAAGGCCGGGCUCAGCCUUUCGGUCGAGCGAGCGUAGUGAGUGCCUUCAUUCCUCUCUCUCUACUUUCUCUGACCGCCAAUCUGCGUUAUUGUUACUUUCGAACAGUAUAAGGAUGUCAAACACAACAGCAGUUGCUACUCUCCUCGUCACUUACACCGAAAAUGGAACAUUCAUUAAGGAACCACAUGGCAGAAAGAUGUUUACUUUCUUCAGAGAAGGCGACAGUACAGAAUCGCUUCGAUUUGGAGUCUUAGAACCUGAGAUGAGCAGUGGUAUACCAAACGACAGUCUGUAUACCAUUAUCAACGUGAACUGGACAGGGCAGGAUGUCAAGUUUUGGUGGGACAGAGAACAAAAGAUCAUCAAAUGGGAUUCAACAACAGGAGGAACUGAGUGUUGUACUAGUCUUUCGACCGCUCAUGUGACGCCUGGAGGCAUGAUCCCGCUACCUACUGGUGUCGCAGUGAUACCGACCGCGUCUCAAACUUCUCCCAUAUCAUCACCGAGCAGCAGCCUCGCAGCAACACCAGCAUCGAGCAGCGGCCUUUCCACCACUCCUACCGCAUCUACUACGACAACAUCGACGCCAAUGAACGAUGAAAAGAGUGUAGGGCUCUCUGGUGGUUCUGUUGCUGGCGUAGCGAUCGGCUGUUUAAUCGCGGGUGCGCUGAUCGCUGGCCUCGUCUUAUGGGUCUGUCGCAGUAGACGCACGUCAAAACGUAUUGAUCACAAUGAGACCAGUGCUAUUGCACUGAUAUCACCGGAAAAAGGUCCGCUCACGCACACAAAAUCCAUCACAGGAAGUCUGGCUAUCGUAGAUGUUGAUGGUGCGUUGCCUCAGCCUCUGGAAGAUCAGGCCAUCUCUGGGGAGAUUACCAAGAUUAGCAGCCUCAUAAAAAACCAUGUACAGAGCUACUAUCACAAUAAAGUGGUAAAUCUCGGGCUCAUCGACUUGGACGACAUAACUGCACUAGGAAAGGUCCUCCCUUUUCCCGCCAGGAAACUCAGUGCUCUACUUGACGAUCCAGCGACUAGGGAGGUGGCCCUGAGAUUCUGUAUCGCCUGGGCAAUUAUCUCGAGAAUACAAAGUCACGGAACGUCUGCAGACAGCCUACUCCCUCCCGAAGUCUGUACCCCUAUGCGGGAGAUUAUGAACGCCAACGAUAAGUCAAAAGCCCAUGUUCUUCGCUCAGCACGUUGGAGGGUCACCACCGCAGAGCUUCUUCAUACUACAUAUGUUAGCGAUGCUUUCGCAUCUUCAGAUCCUCGAGGCGCAACCAUUCGAAAGUUGUCAUUCAUUCUGGAGAAUGUUCUCAAGCCGUUUGCCGACUCUCGUAUAAAUGACGAUGAACGAAAACGCAACCUUGUGGAGCUCCUCAAACGUUCUGCAAUGUUCGCUUUCACGUUGUUCUCCCAACCAAGCACCUGGACUUUCGAUUGGAGAGAAGAGCAAAGUGUUGAAUCCGGCGAAUUUUGCAUAUUUCCCGCUCUUGUUCAGUUGACAAAUGAGAUUGGAGACCCUAUCGUACCACCUCGAUCCUUCAGCGAGGCUAUGACCAGAAGGCUGGAAGGCUGAAGUCAACUGUGCUAUCAAGUCACAUGACGGCUGCGCUUGUUAUGCAUUGAGACAUCUCUACCAUUAGUUUUUGCUCUUUGACAUAGGUUAUCAUGAUAUUGUAGAAACUAAGAACGCAUUCAUCGGAUC